UGCUGCUCUAAAUCCUAGUCUGUGCCAGUGGUAUUUUAACUCAGCGAUCUAGAAAUUACUGGACUGUUGCCACGCGCGAAUUAUUACAGUAGCUUAAUUGAUGGAAACGGAGCUCGCGAGACAUGUGCGCGAACGUUUUCGGCGCGUUGAAAAGCCUGUUUGGGAAACCCUUUGAUGGUGGGAAGAGGACGAUGGAUCAUGGCAGUCAGCAGCCACAGACUCAACAGAUGCCAGGACCCUUUACAGGGCCCUUCCCAGGUUAUGGAGGUCCCCAGGGCCCGUACCUUGGCCAGCACCCAGCACUGAUACGGUUGGAUGAAGUGCAGAAGGAGAUUGCCUGUCUGGGACCACAAGUGUGCGCUUUCAAUGGCCUGCAGAGUGACAGAGAAUACAAAAGACUGGAGCGAGAGCUGACCAGACUACUACUAGAGGUCGAUAAGGUGGAGACAGAGGGCCGGCCGGAGCUCCAGCAGCCUCGGAAGCGUGCAGCAGGAGAGGUGGAGGGUCUGCUUCGGUACUUGGAGGGAAACGCUACUCAUCCAUCGCGGCUGGCCAUUGAGGAGCUGACCCAGGAUGCACAGAGGCUGCUACAUGAGGGGGUUGUGUUGCCGUUCCGGCAAGGCUUGGCUCUAGAUGCAUUUGAGAUCAGUGAGGAGCUAGUGGAUUCUGUGCAGGAUGUGGCCAUGCGGCUGGCUCAGGUGAAGACAGGUGGUAGCGUACCGCUCCGUAAGGCACGGUACAAGGCACUGACGCGGAUCUGUGCUGUACAAGAAAUACUGGAGGGUCGUGUACGCACUCAUACACUGGCACUACCGCUGUCCGAUGACACACAUGAGGCUGUGCAGCAUAUUAAUCAAGUCAUGGCGCAGGUGAGUGGUGCCCGGUGCCAGGAAGUGGCUCUGCUGAUGGGUCUCAGUGGACGUGACAGCUGUGCCCACCUGGCACGAAUCCUUACAGAGCUGCUAGUGGAAUUGGAUGCCCUGGAUGUGUCUAGUAAUGUUGCUGUCAGGAAUUACAGAAAACAAGUGGUGGAGGAGAUCAAUGGCCUGCUGAAACAUCUGGACCUGGAGGGAGAGGGAAAUGACACACGGAGGUAUGAUCUAGCUCAGAAUGACUCAAUUCGUGAAAUCGAGGCAAUUAGGGGGCGUGUCUCAGUGCUGCGAGAGGAGGUCCUUCGGUAUGGGGGCGCAGGACAGGGGACAGAGCUACAAGGUCUCCUCACUCAUCUUGAUCAGGUGGAAACGGGCCGUAACCCCUGCAUUCGGGAGGCUCGUCGGAGGGCUGUAUUGGAAGUUCAGGCACUCAUCACCUACCUAGACCUGCGGGAAGCCUUCGGGCAUCGUAACCCAGGGCCAGAGGAGCCCCCGCCACAUGCAGCUGUGUGGUGCGUUUUAGCCAGCCUGUGUGACCUGCAAGCUCAGGUGUUGGGAUUUGACGGAAAGAGAGCUGACAAGAGUUACAUGUUACUGGAAGAGCUACUGACCAAACAACUUCUGAUUCUUGACGCUGUAGACCCUCAGGGUGACCAGGGGACAAAAGAUGCACGGAAGCAAGCUGUUAAACACGCCCAGAAUAUCCUUAGUUACCUGGAUAUGAAGACGGAUGAGUGGGAGUACUGAGAGGUCGAAAAGACUGUAGUAUUGGAGAGAUUUUCCUGAAUAAAGAGCAGCAAGAAAGCUUUUGUUGCCUUGUGAACAAACAGAUCAGGACAUGGUAUAGCAGAUCCGAGGAUGUAGGCCAUUGGUGGAAUUUGUAUUUGUUUGUAUAUAAAAGACUUGGUGUAUUGCUGUGGGCAGCAAGACUGUUAUCCGUGAUGCACUGCGGCUGCUGCUUUUGUUGGUCCUUUACAGGAACCUGAAAACAGCCUUUCUUCUGGCAGAAGGCAACCCAAAUUCUACUGCACAUGAAGUAUUGUUUUCAUGACAAUAAUAAUUCCAUGAUCUUUUCAGUUGAAUCAACUUUUGAUUGGUGUGGUGUGGUGUGGUGCUAAGCCCUGUUUUGCUGACAUACUUUUCUUCCUGCUGUACCACAUGCCUGUGUGAAAGACAUUAAGAAUUUCAGUCUUUAUCGCAGUGCGGACUCAUCAGCUCUUCAUUCCUGUCCUGUUAGUGUCAUUAAGUAGCACACUUGUUCUGUUAUAACCACAACAGGUAGUUCAACUGGACAUUCGCAGAUAAUCACCCAUAAUGGAUAAGGAGGUCCAAGUUAUUGUUAAUAGGUUAAAUUUCUUCUCUAAAUUGCACUUUCAAAGCCUGAGCUCCUCACAGUAUAGUUAUGAGCCAAAUGUAAACAACAUCUGACCCUAAUCAUGGGAUUAACAAUACUUUCACAUCCAAAAUAUAUAUAUAUAUAUAUAUACAUAUAUAUAUAUAUAUACACACGUUUUUCCAGUUUACAUAAAAAUAAACAUGUAAUUGUCAAAUCAAAGGAUGUCCGUUUCACAUUAAAUAAGGGAGAGAGCAAAACUGUUACUGAUUGUUUAAAGACAUAGUUGGAAAAAUCUAGUUUUGUCAGAUUUAUGUAUAGAAGAGUGGGUCAUGACUGUAGUGAGCUUUCAAGACGUACCCUCUUAGUAACGAAAUAGAGGACAAAAAAGAGAAAUUAGUUCACAUGGUUUCUUUUCUUCUCCUUUGUUUUUGGCUGCAAGGCAAAAAGUGUCUCUGACAGCCACCAGAAAAUAGCAGAGAGUGAAUGUGUGCCUGUGGUUGUUGGAGGGAAAAAAGAAGUGUGUGCUAUUUUAGUGGUGAGAGUGAUCAAAGUGGACAGGGGUGUUCUAGGACAUUUCCAUUCCGGUAUAGAAAGACAGCAAGCUAUCAAACAGGCACUUGACAGUUGAAUGUGACCCAAAUCUGAUUUUAUCCCUCACAUGUGACAGAUGUGUUUUUCUUUUUGGAUGACUGUAAGAACAGCAAUAGUCAUACUGAAUCUGACAUUUUCAAUUCUGAUUUGGGCCACUUUCAUAUGUGUAUCUUUACUUGCAAUAUGACUUCAUGAACAGUCUGGUAAUAAUUCAUUAAAUCAUAAAAUUGUACGUAAAUAUAACUCAACCUUCAUCAUAUUUGCACAUGUGAUUUAUGGUUGAAUUAUAAACCAAACUGUAUGAAUUGCACUACAUGAAGUAUUACACAGAAAGGAACUAAAAUAUACUAUGUUUAUUGAAUGUAGUAGAAUGUAGUAGCUUUUAACUGCAACAAUUAGUGGUAAACCAAUUUGUGUGGCUGUUAACUGGUCUAGCUGACAUGCUUAUGGCCAAUACUGGAAAUCUGAAAAUGCCCCAAAUAUCAGCCAGUAUUUAUCAGUCGAUCACUAGUAACAUUAGAAAGUGAUAAUAUAACAUUUUAAAUCGACUCGUCCCUCAUUUAGUAAAAAAAUAAAUACAUUUGCUGUUACAGUUAGACACCUACAUUGGAAGUGAAUGGGGUCAAUACAUAAAUGUUACAAUACACAUUGUUUUAAAAGUAUAGCCAUUAGUUGUGAAUAUGUUGUGCUAACAUGAUUUUAGUGUGAUAAAAUGCUUACAACCUUAUCUGUGUAAAGUUAUAUCUGAUAUUGCAGCUUCGUUGUUAUGACAACAUAAUGGCAGUAAACAAUGUAACUGGAAAAUGCCAUAACGCCGGUAAAUUCCUUUAUCACACUUUAAAUUAAUGUUAAGAUUAAUGUAUACAUUUGUGAAUAUACUUUAUACUUGCGCCAUUCACUUCCAUUGUAAGUGCCUUUUUUAAAUAAAAGAAGUCGAUAUAUUAUUUUUAGUGGUAAUCAUUAUUAUGCCAGAAAUGCUGUCAAUUUCAGCUUGUAGUGAACCUGAAACAUUUCUUUAAUGCUAUUGUGUAGAUUUUAGAAUGGAAGUCCAAAGUUCUUUUCAUUUUAUAUGAUAAUAAAACAUGGUAAUUUUUUUAAUGAUGUUUUGAUGCAAGGGUUGGAUGUUUUAUGCAUGCAAGCAUUGGCUGUUCAGACCAGUGUCCGAUAGGUCCACGCUUAACGUCACGUGACCAACUUCACAAAAGCAUCUGAUUUGAGCAGAAAAUCUGCGUUUUGUCUUGUUAUGUGAAUGUAGCCUCUGCCUUUCCUCUUCUUUCUUUCUGCACUCUCCCAUACUGCUCUCCUGGAAGAGUCUGUUAAAAUCCACAGAGACUGUCCAAAAAAAAUAUAGGACUAGCUAGUGGUGGUUAAAAACCGCUGGACUUUCCUGUUCCUCUGUUUAAAAUGGAUCACAGAGGCUGUGUUCUGACAGGUGUUUGCCAUAAACCUCUGCCAACACUGUGGCUAAUGUUGAGCCUCAAUUCUGGGUGAAUUUUGGGUAAAAUAGAUAUUUUGUUAUCUACAGUGGACCCACAAAGUAUUGGAGACUUUUGCCACAAAAGUCAUGUACAGUAUAUGAACGUCUCUGCAUUAUAUAACACAAUAUCAAACCAAGUAGCAUUUAUUUGAAAGAUUUGGGCAUUUAGAUAAGGAGUUUGUUAGGUUUCAAAUGAUAAAACUAUAGUGAUAUGGUUCAAAAUUAAGCCAAAACUGUUUGGACACAUUCUGGUUUUCAAACAUUAGAGGAACAUGCCCAUAAUUUAUACACCUUUAAUUACUUUGCUGGGACACCUGUGUGAACAUCAAUGGGAACUGACUUUGGCACCAGUUGGUUAUAUGUAAUUGCAAAAAUGUCUCAGAAAAGUGAAGUUAGUUAUGGGAAAAGGUCUACCAUCACUUUGAUUUGAUUUGAUUCAUUGUAUCUAAUGCAUUGAAAUUCAUACAUUUUAAGUGUGACCUAAGGGUCCAAUUACUUUUUAGGGCCACUGUAUAGCAAGCUGGGCUGAUCAUUUGCUCUUGAGAUUUAACAAAGCCUUUCUCUUACUGGUCUUUGGUGCUGUCUGUGGGUUACAAUGGAGUGUUCUGUAUAAAUUGGAAUAGCGACUGUCAUGUAUUUGGUGUUUAUUCUGGCUAUUUCUCAACUGUAUUGUCACUACUUUGCUCCAGAUAAAAGCACUUUCAGUUGCUGUGAAGUAACACCACAAUUAUCACUAUAGAAAUGUGGUUGUCCUUGGAGUAGAAGCAAACACUCUUGUCAGAGGACACUGUGUUUGAAAGAGAACAGUAACUAUAGGGUACAGUUGUGAUGAGUGGUGCUGGAGCUGUGAAAAUACAAAAAGAAGGGUAGUAUAGAGCUGAGAGAAGCAAGAGGUGAUGAGGUCAUGGUCAGGAUAAAUCAAUCCAGACUUGGACAUCUGAUGGCUUUGUCUGGCAGAGUCCCCUGUAAUGGGCUGUGCGUCACCACUAGCAGUUAAGCUGAGAAGUCUACAUCAGUCAAGGGGAAAUACACACUCCAGCAGCACUUUUAAGCAAUGGUGCACUAGGUGUUGGUGUAGUCUAGUUAUUUUGUGAAACUCUUAUAAACCCAGAUACAGAUGACAUAGAUACAGUAUUGGCUAUAAUUAGCAAUUUCUCACAGUGGCAGCAGCUCUGAAAAGAGUGUGCAACCACACUUAAAAUGUUUGCAAUAUUUUCCAACAUAACGCAUAUUAGCCACGUACUAAUUGCAGAUAAAUACAGUUGUUACUCCUUUUCUGAGAACUUAAUCUCAUUCUUUACAUGAAGGAACAUAGUUAUUUUAGUCAUGACAACAAUAUAUUUAAGGUAAUUGAUAUUACAAACUGGUAGGUUUGUUCUUUGUGAACCAUAUCUGCUGCAAAGCAAGUACCAACACUUGCUACUGCAAGAAAAGUCCUGUGUUGAAAAUGUAAGACAUGCUGCUACACAAUUAGACAUGCAAACAAUCCCUGUGAAGCAGAUCUAGACCUGUGGUGCUGGGGAUGAGGAGGGUUUCAGAGAGAAAACUAUCAUAGUGCACUCUAGUGAAACUGGCUUACCUGCAAACAACUGAUGCAAUUUAAAUGUAAACAAAGAGAGAGAACACAAGUUGAUUGGCUAACAGUUUAUAUUUCAAAGGACCUUUCAGCUCAGUCCAUACAAUAUGCAAGCCGAUUGCCUAAAAGAUAACCUAUUUAAAAGACUAUUUAGAGUUUAAUGACUGACCAUAAGGCAUUUUUACACCUGGCUCGGGACCUGGUGCAUUUUCUCCCUUAGUUCGGUUCAUUUGGACAUGUAUGAACACUGCAAUCGUACUACCAUCCGCACAAAAACAUGAACAAUAUUCCAACAUUUUUACUGGUUGACACAUUUUUAAAGGAUAACAUUUUUAUCAGUAUAUUAAUCAGGGAUGCAAACUACUCCCUUUCAGCUAGUCACCAUUUCUGAAGCUACUUUGCACAAAUUGUUUGGUAAAAUGUUCUAAAUUUUCCUUAUUAAAAUGACUUGUGCUAUUUUAAGCCUAAACACUUAAAAAAAGCUUUUAAAUACAACAAACAAAUCAAUGAAAAUAUGCAUUUGGAACACCUACUAUGACUCUCACCUUUUUCACCUCUCAUGAGUUUGCAUCCCUGAUCAAUGUGAGAUAAAUCCCGGAGGUCAAACAUUCUGACCAGUGAGUGGACAAUUUGCUCACGUGUGACUUUUUUGAACACCGUUUUGGUCCAGUUUUAAAUGGUGCCUUGUAAAAGCAAAACUAGACCAAGUAGAAUAUGCAACAUUUUACAAUUUAAGCCCCUGUUUCGGAACAAAUCAACAGCUACAGGUCUCAAAAUGCCAGAAUCGUUUAUGGGAGUUACAACUGCAUUUUACAUCUAAAUUUACUCUCGAAAAAUUCAGCUAAUGACAAGCACAUGCGGGUGAUUCUCACGGAACCGGCCUUUUUUUGUUGUUUUUUUUUUUUUUUUUUGCAUAAAAAAUAAAGCCUACAUUUAGGACCAUUACAUUUUUUGACUUUAUUUUCAGGACACAUUUAACACCAUUUCAUUGUUGAUUUUCAUUACUGAUAUAAUGCAAUAACACAGGAGUAAUACUAUGAUGUAUAAUAUAUACAUAUAGUAUAUUAUUUUAUCAUCUUUUUUUUUCUUCAUGUUGCAGUAAUGAGAAUAACAUCAUGAACAUCUUUUUCACAUUGUGGUACUAACAAUCAGAGAGGAAAAUGUACAUAACUGUUGUGAAAAUAAUCUUAAUGGCCCUGUAAAAAGGUGUCAUUUUCUAUAUGCAAAAUAUAAUUUCGUAUUUGUUUCUAAUCUUGAUUUGAAUUAAAAUAGGACCAGUAUAUUUUCAUUACAGGGUUUGUGAGAAUCACCCUUUUACUUUAAAUCCACAUAUGGUGUACAUAACUGAACUUAAAAUAACAGCUGCAAGACACCAAAACAUUGCUAUGCUUAUCACUGUCAACCAUCGCAAUAUUUUUGGAGUGACUCCUUUAUUCUGUACACUCUGAACUAUAAUUAGGGGAUUCACUCCUGUAUUUAAAUGCAGAAGGCACUUCUAACAUUGACCAUAAUGUCCCCUUAUUACAUUUUGAUAGGGGCAUUACUUAACCAGACAUUGCUCUAUCCAAAAUUCUCUGUAAUAAAGCAAGACAUUUUUACAUUUGACAUAGUGUAAAUUGACAUUAUUAAUUUACUACAUUAGCAGCAUUACGCCUUUUUUCUUAUUUGUUAUAUUUUGCCUAUGGCAAUAAAUGUCUUUAUUAGUAGUGACAUGGCUGAUCUUUAAAGGCUGUCAGAAUUGCCAUUUGUCAUGUAUAUAAAACUGGGCCAUGCAAUUUCAAUAAUCUGCUGAAGUCUUUGGUCAAAUAAAUUCGUUUUAGCCUUCCGCCCCUUGUUAAACUCAAGUUAAUAAAACAAAUAACAAAAAAUCACAGCCCAUUAUACAAUACCUGCAAGAUCUAGAAUAUACUGAUUGAUAUCCAUAUUUGUUUUAUACUAAAGUUGAUGCUUUGCUGUUUUUAACUUCCAUUAUCUUUACAAAAAUUGCAACUCAGUAACUAUAAACCAGGAAGAAGAAAAAAGAAAAACUUAGAGGGUAGUUCAAAACCAUAUGACUUACAAAAGAGACAUUUUGAAGAAGGUUGACACUGCUUUUUUUUAAAUGAUGACAGUAUAAAAUUUUGGGUGAACUAUUCCUUAAACUCAGUUCUACCUGAAAGCUUUUGGUUUUUCUUAUCUGACUAUAUGACUGGAAGAAUGUGUUUUUGUGGUGGCCUGUGAGGUUGUCUAAAUGUUCCAUGCUAUUUCAUAUGUUUGAUCCAUUGAACUCAUUUAGUCUUUGUUGAUUGUGCCAGACUUACUGUUUGUGUAUACUGUCUGUAUUAUGCUUAUUCAAAAAAAGCACAUCAAGUGUAAACUGCUGUGUGAAUGCUUUGGUCAGUGGGUUUGUUUGGUUUUUACAUGUGUACAUUGCUAAAUAAAAGAUG